AUGCCGUAUGCGAAAUCCGCGGAUCGGUACAGCGGCAGAUAUCCGGUAUCAGCAUGCAGCAGCGGUAGCGGCGGUGGUACUGUUAGUGGCAACAGCGGAGGUAUCAGCGGAUCGCCAAAUCAUGCGCUCCCAGGAGCUUCGGUUCGGACAAUGGAGAAGGUUGAAGAAAUUGCCUUGCCGCCGUCACUUCAAAGGUUUAUAACGGCACCUGCCACAACUCGAUUACAACAAACACAGCUAAAAACAGUUCUUCGAUUGACUAAGGAAGAUAUGGAAAAUGUCAGUGCUAAUGGUAAUACAUUAACAUUCCGGAAUUGUCAAAGUACGGCAAAGAAUUUAGUGAAAUAUAAUUUCGAUCAUUUAUUUUCACCGGAUGUAACUCAGCAACAAAUCUGCAGCGUGUGUUUGCCAGAUUUAUUACAGAGCUGUUUUAACGGUUUGGAUGCCUGUUUUCUAUAUUUUGGUGCCUCAAAAGGUUGGUUUUACUUUCAGUUUUCUUUUGCAACUAACUUUUUCAAAUUUCGGUCUUUUGUCCUUCUUCCUUGAUG